CUCAUUCUAAGGGCCGUCUAGCUGAUAUGAAUGAAGGGAAUACAUUUAUCCAUGUUAAUGACGGUGUGUGGUAAUAUGGGGCAUGUUCUCAGCAUUUAGCUACACUUUCCCUUCUUGCCAUCUGCAUACUUUAUCCUUCAUUGCUGAUCUGAUCCUCCUAGCGCUGUAAUUAUGGGACACCAGAGAAAAAUGGAAAAUGUCAGGGAAUACAGAUAUUCCACAGACACCUGUCCCUUAUGUGUCACACGACAACCCCACAGACCAAGAACUUGUUAAUUGGCUGAGGGAACUUGGAGCUACUGACGAUGCAGUAAACCAGUUUGUGGAAGAAGAAUACACCCUGUAUAAUGUACUGCAUGAUAUCACCAAAGAUGAUCUGAAAUCACUCAGACUCAGGCCUAUGUUCUCCAAAGAACCACAGAAUUCCACUAAUAAUAACAGGGGCUGACAGAAAUCAAAGGACAGUGGCUGAAAGAAAAGUCUAAUUCAAGACUGCGGGACAAGGUGUUAAAGCCAAAUAUGAAACAUGAUUCACUCAGUGAAUAGGACAAGCACAAACCUUGGCUAUAAUCACCCUUUUAUACAUUCUGUCUCAUUAUGUUAUAUAUUAUAAGAUAAUCC